AUGGAGCAAGCCAUCAAGCCAUUUGUUUACAAGCCAGAGUAUCCAGUCGUCAUAUGUACAACGUGCAAGUUUGCCGUCGUUAGUAACGAGGUCGCAACCCAUUUAAAGACCCGCCAUUCGAUCAUUUCCAUUACCGACCGGGCCAAAAUCAUACAUGCCGUUUCAAGUUUACCCGAUAUCAUUAAAAGCCAAGCCGAGUUAAAGUCAUUGCGUUACCCACAACCCACAGACGAGCCGGUUCCAUAUAUCACACCGCCGAGGCAUGAUGGAUUACGGUGCCAGCCGUGUGGAUAUGUUUGUUGUAGUUUGUUUGGGAUGCAGAAACAUUGCCGGGAUACCCAUGGUUGGGAGAACGAUUGGAAGAAGGGUUAG